CUUAAAUAUUCGCAAGUCAGGGGUUCCCUUCUUUCACUUCGACCACCACCACCCACGUCGACAGCCUGCAGAUCUAACAAUGGCCUACUGCGACCGCUGCGACCGUUACUUCAAGCACAUGACGGCUCUUCGCCAACAUGAAAGCAAUUCCUCCAGUCAUAACAUCUGUGACGACUGCGAUAUCGACUUCUCCACUUGGGUGGGCCUCAAAGAGCACUACGUCCAGAGCCCGAACCACGCCUAUUGCCAGUACUGCGACCUUCGUUUCAGUUACGACGAGGACCUCGAGGAGCACUACGAUGAUGAGCACUCCUACUGUGGGAAAUGCAGCAAGUUGUUCAAGAACGAGUAUGGGUUGCACGAGCAUUGCAGGCAAUCUCCGUCUCAUCACUACUGCGCCUUGUGCAAGCGUGACUUCCUCAGUGAGAGUAAUCUCGAUUCGCACCGCCGUUCUUCCAUCCACAUGCCCAAGGCUUUCAAAUGCCCUGGCGCCAGGUGUAACGAGGCCUUUGUCUCUCGUUCGGCUGUCGUCCUCCAUCUCGAAUCUGGCGGUUGCGUUUCGGGGGCCGACCGUGCCGCUGUUAACCGCUACGUGCGCGAGUACGACAGACAGAACAUCAUCACUGACCCUUCGCGUAUGCUCACUGGUCCUGGCGGUGCGCCGCGUGACGAGAUCGUCUACUCCGCCAACGACAACGCGUGGAAUGGAUAUGCGUACGAGUGCUAUUUGUGCCACCAGAUGGCCAGUACUCUGCGCGCGCUGAACCAACAUCUCACCAGUCCCAAACACCAAGAGAAGGUGUAUAUCUGUCCUUUGCCAUCUUGCAGGACUAGAUUCACGACAUUGAGUGCGUUGUUGCAGCACAUCGAGAGCGAGAAGUGUGGUGUAUCGAGGUUCAAAGUCGUACAGAACACGCUGAAUGACUUAUUGAAGAUGAAGACGUUGACAAAUAUUUCUAGACGAUAUCCGACCACAUUUUUCCAACAACGCAACAUAUCGCUGCGUUCAGAAGCCUGGCCCCCACCUACGCCUCCAUUCCUCAAUCAUACCAGAAGCUAGUACAAAGAACGCCAUGAUAAGAGAUCCUGAAGUUAAGGGUAACAACGACAAACUAGGAGUGAA